UCGCUGCACGUGGAUUAGUCUGUUCUGCUAUGAGAGUCUGAGCCCGAGCAUCGGAGAGUGGAGUGGAAACAGGAAGAGGAGGCGAGGGGAAGAGAGGAGAUAGAGGAGAGGACCGGGUUAGACAAGGUGGCGAGGAGUGAAAGGGAGGAAAAGGGGAGCAGGAGGGCUCCAGAGACAAAGAGGAGAAAAGGAGUCUUUUACAGGGCCUGAAGAGUUCUUUUCUCGACUGACGGCGUCUCUGAAUUCGGACCAGAGGGUCUGUCUGCCCCCCUUCUCUCUUGGCAGUCACUGCAAGAUUGCCCCUUGCUCUCAGGUGUGAAGUGGAGGGCCUCCAAAACACGGACCAAGACUGGCUGCAUGUAUCACCCAGCAGAGCUCUACUCUGGCCGGAACACAUGGGACUCCUAUCCAGCUGGAGGUCCUAACAGAGGACAGUGGGGGCCUGCUAACGCCCGUCCCUGGAACCACACACAAAGAUGCGUACAAGGACGCGAUCAGUCCCAUCAUUCACUGACUGAUCGUCUUUUCAUCAGGGGGGACAGAGCAGUCAGCCAUGCGCAGGACAAGGGAAUCUCAAAGGGUCAUCGGCACCCACCUCGAAUCUGGGAAGGCAAGGGAUCGGAAUACGAGGCUCAGAACUGGCAUCCCAACUCCACGCGUCCUUUCAAGAAUCAAGCGGGGAGUAGCAACGGCUACAUAACAGGAGCAGGACAACGCUAUGCAGAUUGGGACAGCAAUCCGGGAGGUCCUCGCCCGAACCGCAACAACAGGGAGCCCCCGUCCCAGCAGGACAGAUGGGAUUCGUACGACUGCCGAAGAAACUUCCCAGGAAGAAUGGUGAACAACAGACCGGGACCCUGGAAACGGCCAGCUUUCCACCAGCGACACAGUCCACCCCCACAGCACCAUUCGUCUCCACGGGAAGCAUGUCCUGCCAAGAGGAGAAGGGACUCGGACCCAGAUCAGCCAUCUCAUUUUGGAUCAAGGAACUUGCCCACACCUGCCCGUCCAACGUCCCCCCCUCGCCACUAUCGCUGCAGCCAAGACGGCCGGCAGAGUCUUCACAACAGAGCAGGCUCCUAUCACUUCUUUGACCACAGAACCUCAGCAGCUCAGCUGCAGGAGACUGCAAAGCUGCGAACGGGAGGCCAAGGCUUUGGGAACUUUGAAGCUCCAAACCAGAGCUGCAGCGGCAGGUUAACGCAUCACGGCAACAGAGGGAGGGUCGAGCGGAAGAGCCCACCUUCACCAGCAGACCACACCCGUGUGCCUUACAGCCAGCAGAACCAUCAUAACCACCAUCAGAGGCACCCAAGCCAUCCCAGAGACGCACAGCACAGCGCCCCGCCCUGUCCCCCGGAGGACAAGGACUUGUGGAACCAUCACCACCGACAAAGCACAGAAAUUCACCCAAAAAGAAACUCAAAGGAUCCAUCUCUCCCCAAGAACUCUGGGUCGGAGUUUUCUCCCUUUUCUUCUCCAAGAGAUGGAAGCCCUGCUCCCAGCAGCCCAGUUGUUUCCUCCAGUCCUUCUUGUCCCACGACCAGCAGCAGAAAAUACCUGUCUGACAUCACACCAUGCCGUCCCAGCCUCAGCGAACAACAAACAUCUCAACCCAGCCCCAGUCGAAGCCCCAGCCUGGCGUCAAACGCUGGUUCAAAAUCCAAAUCUUCAGAGCCCAAAAGCAAGAAGACAUUUUCAAGUUCUCGACCGAACAAGCUUGAGAAGGACAUAGAGGAGCUCAAAAAACCAGAGCUCAAACAAAGUGACAAGUUGGUGAAAAAAGAAAAAAAGAGUGACCUUAAAAGGACAAACAGGAAGGAAAAGGAAAGGAGGAGGAGAAAAAAACUAGAGAAAAGACUAAGUGAGAAGAAAGAAAAAGAGAAAUCAAUGAAGAGAGAGCAAAAGCUAGCUUUGAGGAAUAAAGUGGGAGAGAAAGAGUCUUCUUCUGGACUGCCGGUCUUUAAACACAAUCACCGGCAGACAGAACCUCCUCAACCCAACUGUGGUCUCCAGCAGAAGACCUCAAAACCGAAAAACGGCCCCCUUCCAGAGAAGGAUCCUCGCCCCAACAACUCCAGCAAAAUCCCCUCCCAGUCCGACAAUGAGCCAAAAAUUAAGGUCCCGUCCCUCCUUUGUAAAGACGUAGCACCAGUUAGUGCAGACAGUAGUUUGGAGAAAAUCCCUCAAAGCAAAGAAGGAGUGCGGAUUGGAGGUCUGGGUGCGCCGGACCUUCAGCCCGUUCCUGUGCUGGGGAGUUCUGCAGAACCCGGGGAGAGCCUGGCCAACACUCCUCCUGUGCUCAGCUGGCAGGGCUCGCCGGUGUCCGACCUGGAAGAAGACGAAGAGGAGCUUGAAAAGGGCGUGAUGAGCAGACCCGUCCUGCAGCCCAGCCCCACCCAUUGCUCCUCCCCAAGCAAGGACGAGAAGGUGGAGGUAGCGCCGGAAGACGACCCCAACGACUGCACCGCUGAGCUCCAGGAGGUGCCCAGCGCUGUCAAAGAGGUUAAAAAAGAGGACGACGAGGAGAAUAGCAAGAGAACGCUUCUGAGUGAGCUCCACCAACAUAAAAAUGGUUUGGACGACGUUUUCAAGAACCUCGCCAACUUCCUGGGAGGCCAGAGGGUCACGUGUAGAGGCGGUCCGUUCGGUGGAGCACAGGGACGAGGAGCCAAGUUCUCAUCCACCCUAGUGCCAAAGAUUAACGGGCAGGAGAAUCAGGAUCUCGCCCGAAAACCCUCCCCCACAUCCUCUUCUGACUCCAGUAAUCAGUCGCCGCCAAACACUACCUCAGACUCACACCUGAAAAGCUACUGUCUGCCAUAUUUAAGUGAGCCUGUCACUGGAAUCAAGGAAAAGCUGAGAGACACUGACAUGGACGCCAAGAUGAGCCCGGAGGAGAUAGACGCCAAGAAAAUGCGAGUCAACUCGUCCCUGCUAGAGGAGUCUUUGAGUGCAGAGCUAAGAGUGACCACAACACAUACGGCGUCCCUAACCGGCGUCAUCACCGUCACCACUAAAGAAGAGAGGAAAAACAGAGCGAAACCGGGAAGCACGGCCACAAACAGGAAGAAAAAGGCCAAGAGCGGAGGACGGGAGGCCAAGAUUAAGACAAAACAUGAGCAACACAAGACUAAGCAGAUAAAGAAUUUGAAAAUGAAGAACGUUCUGUCCCCAGUUAACGCUCCAAAGUCCUCCAAACCUCUUGUGAAAGACAAAAACAGCCAGAUUCCUCAGGAAAAUCAAAACCCACAUGGCACAUCGAAGACUUACAGAGCUGAUGAAAAAAUGGCUGCGGAUAAGAAGACGGUUGGAGAAUCAGAGAAGAAGAAGAUGAAGUCGACUUUGGACACCUCGGAAUCGGGCUCUCCGUCAUCGUCCAGUAGAGGUCUCACGUCAGCAGCUCCAAUGGAUCCCUUGAAACUCAAAGCAGCGUCUAUGGGCUUGUUGAAGGAGCUGAAGAUCGUCCUGGUUAAAAUGAAAAACAACGGAAGGCAAACCUUCCAGGUAUCGGAGCUGGAGGAGCGAAAAAUCCCGCUUUCCAAGAUCAGUAUUGAAAACACAGCAAGUGAACUGGUCAGAGCGUGCAGGGGGGCAGACGUGAAGGGGAAAUUCAAGGAGUCGUAUCUGCUUCCCGGCCUCACGGUUAAGCCCAUAUUUGCCAUCAAGACGCUGAUCCCUCGAGAAAAGCUGAACCCUCCAACGCCAAGCAUUUAUCUGGAGAGCAAGAGAGACGCAUUUUCCCCAAUUCUGCUUCAGUUCUGCACCGAUCCCAAAAAUCCUGUUACUGUCAUCCGAGGGCUUGCUGGCUCCCUCCGCCUUAAUCUCGGUCUGUUCUCCACCAAAUCUCUGGUGGAGGCUAAUUCGGAUCACGCCGUGGAGGUGAGGACUCAGGUUCAGCAACCCGCUGAUGAGAACUGGAACACCAGCUGCUCGGUGCAGACGUGGCCCUGUGAAAGCAGCCGCUCGCACACCACCAUUUCCAAGUACGCCCAAUACCAGGCUUCCAGCUUCCAGGAGAGCCUGCAGGAGGAGAAAGGGAGUGAGAGUGAAGAAGAAGAGGAGGAGACGGUGAAGGCUGCUCUAACACUCACCAUCUGUAAGGGCAACCCCCCUUCAGUGACCAAUAAGGACAGCCCCGCCGCUCACAUGACCAGCACGCCCAGCCUCUUCUCUGACCAGAAAACGAGCAGGAAGAUCAUUAAAUUUGGAACCAAUAUCGAUCUCUCUGACCCGAAAAGGUGGAAGGCUCAGUUGCAGGAGCUGCUGAAGCUGCCAGCUUUCAUGAGAGUGGAAUCGAACAACAACAUGCUGAGUCUGGUGGGACAAACCAUCCUGGGCAUGAACACCGUUCAGCUGUACAUGAAGGUGCCAGGCAGCCGCACGCCAGGUCAUCAGGAGAACAACAACUUCUGCUCCGUCAACAUUAACAUCGGACCCGGCGACUGCGAGUGGUUUGCGGUCCAUGAAAACUACUGGGAGACGAUCAACAAAUUCUGUGAAAAGCAUGGAGUGGACUACCUCACAGGGUCCUGGUGGCCCGUACUUGAGGAUCUCUACAGCUCCAACAUCCCGGUUUACCGCUUCAUCCAGAGACCCGGGGACCUGGUUUGGAUCAAUGCAGGGACAGUUCACUGGGUUCAGGCUGUCGGCUGGUGCAACAACAUCGCCUGGAAUGUAGGACCGCUCAACUCGUACCAAUAUCAACUGGCCCUGGAGCGCUUUGAGUGGAACGAGGUGAAAAAGGUCAAGUCAAUAGUUCCCAUGAUCCACGUUUCAUGGAAUGUGGCUCGCUCGGUCAAGAUCACCGAUGAGGACACCUUCAAGAUGAUAAAACAUUGCCUGAUGCAGUCCAUCAAGCACAUCCAGAUUCUGAGGGAGCAGCUGGUGGCUGCCGGAAAGAAGAUCUGCUACCAGCCCCGGGUGAAGGACGAACCAGCCUACUACUGCAACGAAUGUGACGUGGAGGUGUUCAACCUGCUGUUUGUGACCACUGAGAGCAGCAGUAAGAGGACCUACGUGGUGCACUGUGAGGACUGUGCUCGAGCCAAAAGCUCUUCUCUGGCGAGCGUCGUGGUGCUAGAACAAUACCGGACGGAUGAUCUGAUGAGAAUCUACGACAAUUUUGUGCUGACUCCUCCCCCCGUGUCUAAGUGAGAGCCUCCAGCGUCACACGCCUCUCAGCCAUAAACCAAAACUCUAACGGCAGCACAAGCGUUGCGCUCUAAGGUUCUCCCCGUUCCUGCAAACACUCUUCUCAAUCAGCCGAUCCCGUUUACAUCUCACAUUCUGGUGCGGAGACUCAGCCGGUCCGGCCGCAGCUCACUGUCUUCCCCGUUCCAGCUGCGGUUCGGACGCCUGUUUCCAACUGACCGGUUCCCCUCAACCGACAAAUAUCAGGUCAAAUACUGUAUGUUCAACGGACACUGCUGUGAUUCAGAAGCAUCGAGUAGCUGGUUCUGUGUGUCGAUUCAGGUACUUUUAUGCAAAUUCAGUAGAACUUUUUAAUAUUGAUAUUAUUAUGACACCAAUCUAGUUAUUCUACAUGUCCAUUGGUCCGCUGUGAUUCUAACGUACCAGCAGGGGAAUCGCUUCACACAGAAGUAGCUGAUUGUCACCGUUAGCAUCGUAAUGGUUCAUGUUUUUUAUUGGUUUGUUUUUUACAUAUUCAGGUAACUCUGACAUUUUGUAACUCCUGUCUGUAAACUCUUUGAGGUGCUAAUCUAAUCUUAUUUAUUCUUCUUAAAGAAAAAAAAAGUUUUACCAGCCUAAAAGUACACCACAUUGGCCUUGUGAACUGUAUUUAGAGGAGAUCAAAUACACAAAUGAGGUUUUAUGUUUGUAUUAGUAGAAAAAAAAAAGAAUUGAAAACCUUUUGUCAGAUUCUCUGAAAUACGGGUGACCUAAAGGACUCAAAUUCUUAGUUGGAAAUCAAGUAUUUAAGGAGACAAACAUGUUUUUGGUGUCCAGCAAAGUGAUGUUAAAUGUGGUUUGUAUGGUACACAAAGAAAACAGACGUACACACGUGUCAUUUUUACUCUUAAAUGGGGAAAAGCAUCCCGACUUUAUACCUCUUUGUUUUGCAGUGGUCAUAAUUCUAGACGACAAAACGACAGAAGAAGAUUACAGUCAUGGAGAAAACGACUGGGAGGAAAUUGUGAUUUUUCUGAAUAGAAGAGAUUUCUGACAAAAAAAUAACAAUUCUAGGAAUUCAAGGUUCAAACUCUAACUUUAAUCUCAAAAUUUAAGGGAAAAAAGUCGUUUCUGAUUUAAUCUGAGAAUUUUAGGGGAAGUAACAUCAAGGGGAAGUCAUUACUGCUGUAGAUAUCCGAACUUCUGAAAAGUCUGAAUGAAUGUUGAGUAAAAGUGACGCAUUAAUCCCAGAAUAUCAGAAAAUGACCUUAAUCACAAAAUUUUGGAAAACAAAAUUGGGAAUAUAACUUUGGUUGUAGGUUUUUGAUGAUUAUUUUUAAGAAAUUGACUUUAAUCUCUGAAUUCUGGAAACAAGUAAAAAAAAAUGGACUUUGGUUUUAGAUUUCUUUGGAAAAAUGGUCAAAAAUCGACCUAAAUCCAAUCAUUUAGUUUAGGUUUGAAUUCUUUUAGCCCAAUUAUCAGAAAAAUAAAAUAAAUCCAACAAUAUUUUGGGAAAAAUUUUAAAUGUAUCUUACAUUUUUAGAUCUCUUUAGUAAAAGUGUUAAAAAUGUACUUUAAUUCUGGAGUUUUGGGGGAAAAACAUUAAAAUUCAACUUCAGUUUUAGGUUUUUGAGGAAAAUCUUUUAGAAAUUUACCUUAAUCCAAGGAUGAAAAAAAAUGGAAAUCUAACAUAUGUUUGAGAUUUUUUUUUAGAAAAAAUUGUAAGAAAUUUACCGUAAACUUUAAAUUAAAAAAAAUAAUUUUUUGAAAACUUUGGGAUUUCUUUGUAAAAAAGGUCGAAUUGAUAUUUUAAUCCAAGAAUUUUGGGAAAAUAUUUUAGAAAUCUAACUUUGGUUUUAGGUUUUUGAGGAAAUUUUGUAAGAAAUUGACCUUAAAAUUGAAGUUUUAGAAAAAUGUUAAUGAAUAAAAUCUAACUUUGAUUUUUGAAAUUUUGGAAAAUAGUUGGAAAUCAAUUUCGAAUCCAAAAACUUUGGGGAAAAUACUUUAGAAAUCUGGUUUUAGGUUUUUGAGGAAAAAUGGUCAGAAUUGACUUAAAUAUUGAGAGGAACUUUAAAAAAAAA